UACAUUGUAUUUCUAGGUCCACAUAUGACGAGGUUCCUACUAACUCUAAUUGAACUCCACUUGCCAUGUAUAUAAAAACCCUAAAAAAGCGUUACUCUCUACUCUCUCACCACUUCUCUCUCAUAUGCUAGUCCUCCGGAUAUACCCACAAUGGCGGAUUAUAGCGGAGCUAUCUCUCUUUCUCAGGCCCCCACCUCCGAUGAUGACUCAUCUGAGCACAGCCCUCGAAGUGUCCCAACAUUCUCUGCCUCUGGCGGAGGCGGUGGUUCUUCCAAGUCAAAAACUCCUAGCAACAAGAUUAUUACCCUAGAUCAUCAUCACCGAACUCCUUUUUCAUGCGAGAGCACUGCUAGGAAGCCUAGAGGUAGACCUCCAGGGUCCAAAAACAAGCCCAAACCACCAAUUGUUAUAACCAGAGACAGUGACUCAGCUAUGAAGCCAGUGAUUCUCGAGAUCUCUGCUGGUUGUGAUAUUAUCGAUACUAUUAUCAGCUUUGCUGGAAGAAACCAUGUUAGCGUUAGUAUUAUCAGUGCUACUGGCUCUGUAUCAAACGUCACGCUCCGCCAUCCUGUUUCUCACGCGCCAGCACUCUCUCUUCAUGGACCCUUUGGGCUACUCUCUUUCUCUGGCUCGUUCAUUGGCUCUGGUACUUUAUGUUCUUCUAGCAAAACACCCCAAUCAUCUUCGUCAUCGUCACCAUCGCCUUGUUCCUUGUCUUCUCUUUCUUGUUCUUUUGGUGUAACACUUGCAGGGGCACAAGGGCAAGUUUUUGGAGGGAUAGUAGGAGGGAAAGUAAUGGCAGCUACGCCGGUGAUUGUGGUGGCUGCUACUUUUAUAACCCCUGCGUUUCAUAGGCUGCCGUUUGAAGGUGAUAACGAAGAUCACCAUCAGGAAACCAAGCCUUCUAUUCAUGGAAACGUUGGUGGUGGUGGUGGUGGUGCAGCCGAGCCUUGCUCUUCUACUGGCAUGUCCAUGUCUGUUUAUGGCGUAGCAAAUCCCACCCCGCUCAAUUGCCAGAUCUCUCCUGAUGUUAUGCCUUGGGGUUCUUCCUCACGUCCUUAUUGAGUAGAAGAUGAAUAACAUGUGAAGAUCCCAUCAAUACCUUUGCUAGGUUGUUUUUGGAUUUACAACACCAUCUUAAUCUCAUGGGAACUGUUUUGGGUGUUUGAGCUUUUCGGCGAUAUUCAUUUAUCUUCCCUUGGCAUAUAAUAUCUGUAGUUGGAGUUGGUUGUCUCAUUGUACUUGCAAAUU